AGAGCCAGAUCAGUCGAGUUGGAGCACUUGAGCUGGCAAGAUUGUCGUUCAACUUUUUUUUUUGCUGGUGCAACAUUCUUUUAUUGUUCUUUUAUUUGCGAGGAAAGAUGUACUUAAAGGCUCUCAUUGUGCUCUCAGUGGUGGCUGUGGGAGUGCUGGGGCAGGAUUUUGGGUAUCCCGGUGAGAGUGAGGAGGACAAAGCGAUGAAAAAUUCACAGAAUAGGAAGCCAAUUUUCGUGCCAGGAAGGUGUCAGGAGAAUGAAUAUCUGUAUCCGGGAGAUCAUGCUGAUGAGUGGGUGUGUGACUGCAAGCCAGGGUAUGUCUACUAUCCGGACAACAGUAUGUGCUACUUGGUUUACCGCCAGGGUCCCUGCCCGGAAAAUCAAAUGCUUAUCCUCAGACGGGGCAAGGUGAUGCCCGAAUGCACAACAAAUCCCUGCCGCGAAGAUGGGAAGGUGAGAUUUCAAAAUGCCUGCUAUGAACUCCACACAGCCGGUCCGUGCCGUCUACCGGAGUUGAGCAAUGUUGUCGGCGUUAAUGUGACAACAUUGGACAUUCAAUGCCAGAAGCUCUCUGUGGACAUACCAAAUCGCUUCACAGAAGACGAAAUUAAGCAAUAUGAAGUUCAAGGCGAGGUACCGCUCUGUGCAAAAGGCAGCAAACGCCAAAUAAAUGGCACAUGUCAAUAAAAAGAAGUUAAGAUUAAAGAAAAAUUAUAUGCCGGGUGCAGCACUCGUUACAUUCCACACACACAUCUUGAAUUAAUUAUUUAUACAUUUACUAAGAAAUUAAAAAAAUACUCCUUAAGAAAAAUUAUACAAACAAAAAACGUA